UUAUUGCUCUAUUAGCUUACAAAUUAUGGGUUCUGAGCAAACUAUUUGCAGCACAGACUUAGAGUUGGGGUUGGGAUUUUCCCACACCCGUCAAAUUAGCACUAGUAGUAAUAUGAUUCAUGCGGCGGUAGAAGUCACGUCGCCGGCGGCGGUCCGGCUGCCGUCGCUGAAUCUGAGCCUCUCUUGUGAAACCUAUGACCGGAACAAAGACCGGGAAUCCUCGGACUUGUACCGUCAGGAUAGCUCUGCUUCGUCGUACCUAUCGAACGCCACCGUUAAAAGGGAAAGAGAAGUUUGCGGUGUCGUAUUUGUAAGAGCUGAGGCGGCGGCGGGGGCGGCGGAGAGAGUUUGUUCAGGAGCAGUUAUGUGGGAAAAUGGUGAAGUUGGUUGUAAGAAUAAUUAUGCAACGAAGAACAAGAAGCAAAGGCUCUCCAAAUCUCAGUCUUCUCUUUUAGAAGAAACUUUCAAGCAAACCACCACUCUCAAUUCGAAACAAAAGCAACAAUUGGCAAGGGAACUCAACAUUAAUCCUCGUCAAGUGGAAGUCUGGUUUCAAAAUAGAAGAGCCAGAACAAAGCUAAAGCAAAUAGAAGAAGAUUACGAGUUGUUGAAGAAAUGCUGCGAGAAGUUGAGGGAUGAGAACAUGAGGCUAGAGAAAGAGGUACAAGAACUGAAAGCUCUAAAGCUAUCGAAACCCAGCUUUAGCAUCCAGUUACCGGUAGAAGGGCCGCGAAAAGCUUCUUUUAUGAUGACUCAUCUCAGUCAUUUCUACAGCACAAAAUAGCCUGCCCGCCGUCCGCAGCUCGAGUCCUAAUUUGUAAUUAAAUCUGUAUAUAAUUAUAUAUGUAAAUAUAUAAUUACUAUAACUAUUGUUAUUGUUCGUGUGGGAUGAUUUAUUAUUAGAAAAAUGUCACUUAUACACGUUGCUUAACGCAAGUUUACACUUAAGUCUAGUUAUCUGUGCACAGACAAUUACACUUGGACAUGUAAACCUACGUGUAAUCCAUCGUGUACAAGUAGCGCAUUUAUUAAUAUUAGUACUUCAAGACUUAAUUGGUUUAAAGUGAUGUGAUGAAGGCUAAGCUAAUUUGUGAUGGAAUUCAUAUCUGCGUUAUAUAGAGGUGUUUUUAAUUGAAUUGGAUUUUUCUAGUCU